AUGUCUUUCACGGAGACAGUUAAAUUCAAAUUAUACUUGGAAUACUACUUAUACAAUCGAACUGAUGGGACUAUCACGGUACAAUGGGAUGCGCCAGACGGUUAUCUUAUCAUUGAUCGUAUGUUAGAUUUCUCGGAACUUGUUGAUAAGGAUAUUGGUGCCGGCACUAGUGGUGGUAGAACGAUUGAAGACAAUGAAGAUGGAGAUGAAGAUGGAGAUGAAGAUGAAGAUAAAGAUGAAGAUAAAGAUGAAGAUGCAGAUGAAGAUGAAGAUGAAGAUGUCAGGGGUGUCGAAAGCAGUGAUGAUGAGUACGUCCCAUCGGAUGAGGACUCAGAUGACGACACUGAUUUUGAGUCAUCUUCUUCAGUCCCAUAUGUUUUCGACGACAUAAGUGGAUGGGACAAGACUUUAGAGGAAGUAGAAAACGAUGGAAUUAAAAUGUGGGAUGGCAAUCCGUUGACGCUAGGCCUUGAUAUACAUUUCGCCAACAAGCCUGAGGCACAAGCGGCAGUGGGAGAAUGGAACUUGGUACAUGGUCGGACUUUCCGGUUAAAAACGAGCUCUAAACGAACAUGGUGGUCCCGCGAGAAAAAAGUUCAAGGUAUCACGCGGUUCAAUUUGGCCGCGUACCGGGAUCAGCUUGCAGUUCUCGCAGAGUCUGAUUUUGUAUGGAUGCCGUACACGACUCUUUUGGGUCGUAUUGCCAGGGUUUGUCUUGUGGGACAGGGCAUAUGGCGAUCUCAGACAUGGCUCAUCUGCGGUGAUGUCGUUGCGCCACACAACCCCAGUAGGGUAUUUCGCCAAUUUGGUUAUCACCAGCGGAUACCCGGCGACGCAUUACUUCUCACUGCGGCGGAAAUUACUAGCUUGCUCAAGAGGAAGCCGUUUGGAGGAUCCGAUAGGAGAUGGUUACAACAACUAGGGAUAUAUCUCCAGGUUUGGAAUGAUCGCCACGGCCAAGUUGUGGGGACUGAUGAUGAUUAUGUUGGCGAGCCUUCCGCAGAUCCGGAGUAUCUCUUGUGGUACCAUCAGGUUACUGUGAAGUAUGUUACGGAUCCGACGGACUCUGAAAAUGCGAGGGGUUUUCACGGUUCUGCAGAGACCUUGCGCCUCAUGGCCACAUUAAUGGAGGACGUUCGUAGUCUGAGUAUUAUAGGUCAGCAUACUUUCGACGCGGACUCCUUUGGUUAUGAUCGCUUAGGCGAGAUUGCCCAGGUUGCUGAGCGGGCGUUGUCCGUCAAUGCAACAAAUGUUGUACGUCACGAUCUCGAUAGGCAUAUUGAGGUUCAUGACAUUUUGAGUCAAGAACUUGCACCUGUAGACCCGACCCAGCAACAUCCACCACCCAGACCUCCGAGGCGUUCGCGCAGGUCUCAGCGUGGGCGUGGGGGGCAAGAGACAAUUACAUCAUCUCAGCCACAUCAGUCCUCCCAGCAUGAGCAGUCUCAUAUUCCCUUCACCGGCGGUUCAUCCCAUCGGUCUCCACAUCGCUCCACUCCAUUCUCGACAACAUUCAGCCCAUCGGUCUCCACAUCAUUCAUCCCAUCAGUCUCCACAUCAUUCUUCGCCGACCCAACAGGCGUUUUACCGUCCGAUUAUGUCUCCCAGCACCAAGAAGUCAAUUUUUCCUUCACUCGGUUUUCUCCCCGACUUCUCGGCGUCGGUUUGGAGAUUCUUUUAUUGACUUUUCUGGGUUUCAGCAGAAGUGAGGAUGAGGAUGAGGCUGAGGAUGCAGACCAGGAUGAUCAGUUUGAGGGUCAAGGUUAUCAGCGCCAUGAGGAGCAGGGAUCGAGUCAGACUCUAGGGACUCCACCGUUGGCUGUCUCUUGCAACAGCCUUCGACAUCUCAAUUCAUCAGGAACAGAGCCUGGCAUUGCUUCACAAGAUUGGAUGGAACGACACAGUAAGGAGGAGAUCAUCAUGAUGGAUACCAAUUACAGAGGAGAUGUGUUGGAUGUUGGCCCGGUUGAAGUGCCGCCUGGGAAAGGGAUUUGCGGUGUCCUAAUUGAAGAUUCAAUGGCGGAACGAAUGAAACAGCUACGGAAAGAAGCACAGAAACUCAAGGAUGAGAUAUCACCUCUUGAGGGAUCUGGUAAUCGCCAUGCAGUUACGCACAAUCUAUAUGCUGAACAUCGUAUAGAAAAAGAGAAAAACUUAAAGAAACAGAAAAAUGUACAUCCUACCUUUGCUCCACCUGGUGAGUCGGCGAAUGUAGAUGAUGAUGAUGAGAUUGAGGGAGAGGAAGAACAAGAGGAGGAUAGUUUUGAGAGUGGAGGAGGGGGGGGGGAAGGGACGAUGUGGAUGAGGAGGAUGAGUCAGACGAGUAUUCCUCACCUGAGAGGAGGGAUAUACAUUUUGGAGACUAGUCAGUCUCAUCCCCGUUUUGGUGGUGCCUCCAUUGGUGUCUCUAGCCGUCCUGAGGCAGCUGCGAUGUCAUCAUGUACUAGUAGACGGUCUAAGGUUUCUAACGAAGAAAUUGAUGAUUGGGUUUUGACGGACGACGUACCUGGCGGGCCAUGUGAUGGGCAUGGAUAUAUGAAUAUUUUCCAUGCUUCCAGCCCUAGAAGAGGCGGGGACGUCGAGGUGUUGAUGGUUGGCCCAGAGCCUGAGACUGGACACCAGUUAGCUAUAAGGGCCCAAAGCCUAUUCAGAGUCGACUCUAGCAGAUUCAUGUGCAACUUGAUGCGAUGA